GAGACGCCUUCCAUCACCCGUCGUGAGAAGGAGAUCGUCCAGGUGUCGGUUUUUCUUCUUCCGGGCUUUUAUUUUCAUCUAUUUAAUACUAUUUUUCUGAUUCUUGCUGUUUUCUCUGACCGCCCGGUCGCAGAGUUUGAGCAAUUCCAUGCCCGUUCUCGACGUGAUUUGACGCGACCUUUCAACACACGUCAAUCGAGAUUGAGAGAGGGAUCUUUCAUCAACCACCAUCACAAUGGCAUCUUUGCCUCCUCCUCCUCCCCCUCCGGGAUGGGGCGCCGCUCCUCCUUCAUUGCCUCUGGCUCCUCCGCCCCCAGGAUACCAGCCGCCAGCUGAUCCGAAUGUCGCAAAGUUUGCCCAGAAGAAAAACGAAUGGCUGCGAACACAGCGCAACCGCUUCGGCGAGAAAAGGAAGGGUGGAUUCGUCGAAACCCAAAAAGCAGAUAUGCCGCCCGAGCAUCUGCGAAAAAUCAUACGGGAUAUUGGCGAUGUAUCGCAGAAAAAGUUCACCAACGAGAAGCGUAGCUAUCUCGGCGCGCUCAAGUUUAUGCCUCACGCCGUGUUGAAGCUGCUGGAGAACAUGCCCAUGCCUUGGGAGUCCGACAAGGAAGUCAAGGUGUUAUACCACGUUAAUGGCUGCCUGACAAUGGUUAACGAGACCCCCAGGGUCAUCGAGCCGGUCUUCCAUGCUCAGUGGGCGACAAUGUGGGUGUGUAUGCGGAGAGAAAAGAGUGACCGAAGACAUUUCAAGCGAAUGCGCUUCCCUCCAUUCGAUGACGAAGAACCUCCGCUGUCGUGGUCGGAGAACAUUGAAGAUGUUGAGCCGCUAGAACCGAUCCAGAUGGAGCUUGACGAGUCUGAAGAUGCUCCCGUCUACGAGUGGCUGUACGACCACCGACCUCUCCUCGAUACCCCCCAUGUCAACGGUCCUAGCUAUAAAAAGUGGAACCUUACACUCCCUCAGAUGGCGACUCUCUAUCGAUUAAGUCACCAACUGCUCAGUGAUGUCGUCGACCAAAACUACUUCCACAUGUUCGAUCUUAAUAGUUUCUUCACCGCAAAGGCGCUCAACGUCGCUAUCCCCGGUGGCCCUCGUUUCGAGCCUUUGUACAAAGAUAUUGACCCCAACGACGAGGACUUUAGUGAAUUCAACGCGAUUGACCGCAUCAUCUUCCGCGCUCCCAUUCGGACCGAAUACAGAGUCGAAUACCCUUUCUUGUACAAUACCCUGCCAAGAAGUGUGAAGAUUUCUUGGUACUCCCACCCCCAAGUUGUAUAUGUUCGAACCGACGACCCCAACCUCCCAGCCUUUUACUUUGACCCUGUUAUUAAUCCGAUCUCGUCCCGCUCCGUCGCCCCCAAGAAUAUCACCGUUAGCCAUGAAGAUGAGAUCUUUGGGGAGGGCAAUAAUGAGGAUGAUGAAUUCGAGCUGCCAGGAGAGGUUGAGCCCUUCUUCGGUGAUGAGGAGCUCUACACCCCUGAGACCGCAUCGGCCAUCGCUCUUUGGUGGGCACCUCAUCCAUUCAACAAGCGUUCUGGAAAGAUGGUCCGUGCACAGGAUGUGCCGUUGGUGAAGCAGUGGUAUCUGGAGCAUUGCCCACAGGGACAGCCCGUCAAGGUCCGCGUGUCAUACCAGAAGCUUCUCAAGACUUAUGUGCUUAAUGAGCUGCAUAAGAAGAAGCCCAAGGCUCAGAGCAAACAGAAUCUGCUCAAGACCUUGAAGUCGACAAAGUUCUUCCAGCAGACAACCAUUGACUGGGUUGAAGCUGGUUUGCAAGUCUGCCGACAAGGUUUCAACAUGCUUAACCUCUUGAUCCACCGAAAGAACUUGACCUACCUGCAUCUUGAUUACAACUUCAACUUGAAGCCAGUCAAGACCUUGACCACCAAGGAGCGAAAGAAGUCUCGUUUCGGAAACGCGUUCCACCUGAUGCGAGAAAUUCUGCGUCUCACCAAGCUCAUUGUUGACGCUCAAGUUCAGUACCGUUUGGGCAACAUUGAUGCUUUCCAACUGGCUGACGGUAUCCUCUAUGCUUUCAACCACGUCGGACAGCUGACCGGUAUGUACCGUUACAAGUACAAGCUGAUGCACCAGAUCCGUUCCUGCAAGGAUUUGAAGCACCUGAUCUACUACCGAUUCAACUCUGGACCAGUCGGCAAAGGUCCCGGUUGCGGUUUCUGGGCACCCGCCUGGCGUGUCUGGUUGUUCUUCAUGCGCGGUAUCAUUCCUCUGCUUGAGAGAUGGCUCGGAAACCUGCUAUCUCGUCAGUUUGAGGGACGUCACAGCAAGGGUGUUGCCAAGACUGUCACCAAACAGCGUGUGGAGUCUCACUUCGAUCUUGAGCUGCGUGCCUCCGUCAUGGCAGAUUUGAUGGACAUGAUGCCCGAGGGUAUCAAGCAGAACAAGGUCAACACCGUCCUCCAACAUCUUUCGGAAGCGUGGAGAUGCUGGAAGAGUAACAUUCCCUGGAAGGUGCCUGGUCUUCCCGCCCCUAUCGAAAACAUCAUCCUUCGAUACGUCAAGAGCAAGGCCGACUGGUGGAUUUCUGUCGCACACUACAACCGAGAGAGAAUUCGCCGAGGUGCCACUGUAGACAAGACGGUUGCAAAGAAGAACCUGGGUCGACUUACUCGAUUAUGGCUCAAGUCCGAACAAGAAAGACAGCACAACUAUCUCAAGGAUGGUCCAUAUGUCUCUUCCGAAGAGGCCGUGGCGAUUUAUACCACCAUGGUCCACUGGCUUGAGUCCCGCAAGUUCUCUCCUAUUCCUUUCCCCAGUGUAUCUUACAAGCACGACACAAAGAUUCUGAUUCUCGCCCUGGAGCGUUUGCGUGAGGCAUACUCUGUCAAGGGUAGACUCAACCAGAGUCAGCGUGAGGAACUCGCCCUGAUUGAGCAGGCUUACGAUUCUCCUGGAACUACACUGGCGAGAAUUAAGCGAUUCCUUCUCACCCAGAGAGCUUUCAAGGAAGUCGGCAUCGACAUGAACGACAACUACAGCAACAUUAACCCCGUUUAUGAUGUUGAGCCCAUUGAAAAGAUUACCGAUGCCUACCUCGACCAAUACCUCUGGUACCAGGCUGAACAGCGCCACCUUUUCCCUGCCUGGAUCAAGCCUUCGGAUUCCGAAGUUCCUCCUCUCCUUACCUACAAGUGGGCUCAGGGUAUCAACAACUUGUCCAACGUCUGGGAGACUGCCGAUGGCGAAACCAACGUUAUGAUCGAGACUGAACUCUCCAAGGUCUACGAGAAGAUAGAUCUGACCUUGUUGAACCGAAUGCUGCGCCUGAUUAUGGACCACAACUUGGCUGACUACAUCACCUCCAAGAACAACGUCCAGCUCAGCUACAAGGACAUGAACCAUACCAACAGUUACGGAAUGAUCCGGGGUCUUCAGUUCUCCGGUUUCGUCUUCCAGUUCUACGGUCUGAUGAUUGACUUGCUUCUUCUUGGUUUGCAGAGAGCCAGUGAUAUGGCUGGUCCGCCCCAGAGCCCCAAUGACUUCCUGCAGUUCCGGGACCGUGCCACAGAAACCAGACACCCGAUCCGUCUGUACACUCGUUACGUCGACAAGAUCUGGGUCUUCCUUCGAUUCUCUGCAGAUGAAUCUCGAGACCUGAUCCAGCGAUUCCUAACUGAGAACCCGGACCCUAACUUUGAAAACGUCAUUGGCUACAAGAACAAGAAGUGCUGGCCUCGCGAUUGCCGUAUGCGCUUGAUGCGACACGAUGUCAACCUUGGUCGGGCUGCAUUCUGGGAUUUGAAGAACCGUCUGCCGAGAUCCAUCACCACGAUUGAUUGGGAUGACACUUUCUCCAGCGUGUACAGCAAGGAUAACCCUAACCUCUUGUUCUCCAUGUCUGGCUUUGAGGUUCGCAUUCUUCCCAAGAUUCGCAACCAGAAUGAAGAGUUCUCGGUCAAGGACAGUGUCUGGUCUCUCGUGGAUGGAACGACCAAGGAACGUACUGCCCACGCUUUCCUCCAAGUUACGGAAGAAGACAUUCAGAAGUUCAACAACCGAAUCCGCCAGAUUCUUAUGUCUUCUGGAUCCACGACCUUUACCAAGAUUGCCAACAAGUGGAACACAGCCUUGAUUGCGCUCUUCACCUACUACCGUGAGGCCGCUGUUUCGACUGUUAACCUUCUUGACACCAUCGUGAAGUGCGAGACCAAGAUUCAGACACGUGUUAAGAUUGGACUGAACUCCAAGAUGCCUUCGCGUUUCCCACCUGCGGUGUUCUACACGCCAAAGGAACUGGGAGGUUUGGGUAUGAUCUCUGGAUCGCACAUUCUCAUUCCUGCCAGCGACAAGCGGUGGUCGAAGCAGACGGAUACCGGAAUUACUCACUUCCGGGCGGGUAUGUCACAUGACGAGGAAACUCUAAUUCCGAACAUCUUCCGCUAUAUCAUUCCAUGGGAAGCUGAGUUCAUCGAUUCUCAACGUGUGUGGAUGGAGUAUUCGCAGAAGCGAAUGGAAGCUCAGCAGCAGAACCGACGUUUGACAUUGGAGGAUCUCGAGGAUAGCUGGGACCGCGGUCUCCCGCGUAUCAACACCUUGUUCCAAAAGGAUCGAAGCACGCUCAGUUUCGACAAGGGUUUCCGACUUAGGGCUGAAUUCAAGCAGUACCAGCUGAUGAAGAGCAAUCCUUUCUGGUGGACUAGCCAGAGACAUGACGGAAAAUUGUGGAAUUUGAACGCUUACCGUACCGAUGUCAUCCAAGCGCUUGGCGGAGUGGAAACGAUUCUCGAACACACCUUGUUCAAAGCAACAGCUUUUCCAUCCUGGGAGGGUCUCUUUUGGGAGAGAGCAUCAGGUUUUGAAGAGUCGAUGAAGUUCAAAAAGCUUACUAAUGCGCAGAGAUCCGGUUUGAACCAGAUUCCCAACCGUCGGUUCACUCUCUGGUGGUCUCCUACCAUUAACCGAGCCAAUGUUUAUGUUGGUUUCCAGGUGCAGCUUGAUCUUACCGGUAUCUUCUUGCACGGAAAGAUCCCUACCCUCAAGAUUUCCUUGAUUCAGAUCUUCCGUGCCCACUUGUGGCAGAAGAUUCACGAGUCUGUGGUCAUGGACCUGUGUCAAGUCUUCGAUCAGGAGUUGGAGCAGUUGGGUAUUGAGGCUGUCCAGAAGGAAACCAUUCACCCGCGUAAAUCCUACAAGAUGAACAGUUCCUGCGCGGACAUUCUCCUUUUCGCAACCAACAAGUGGAAUGUGACCAGACCUUCCGUUCUGUUCGAUACCAAGGACGUUUACGAGCCUACUACGACAAACAAGUUCUGGCUUGAUGUGCAACUUAGAUACGGUGAUUACGACUCUCACGACAUUGAACGUUACGUCCGUGCCAAGUACCUUGAUUACACGACAGACAGCAUGAGUAUCUAUCCUUCUGCCACUGGUCUCAUGAUCGGAGUUGACCUUGCGUACAACCUGUACUCUGCAUAUGGUCAAUACUUCCCUGGUCUGAAGACCUUGAUCCAGCAAGCCAUGGCCAAGGUUAUGAAGGCAAACCCUGCCUUGUAUGUGCUGAGAGAGCGUAUCAGGAAGGGUCUGCAGCUCUACGCCUCCGAGAGCAACCAGGAGUUCCUCAACUCGCAGAACUAUUCCGAGCUUUUCAGCCCGCAAAUCCAGCUGUUCAUUGACGAUACCAAUGUCUACCGUGUCACCAUUCACAAGACAUUUGAAGGAAACUUGACCACCAAGCCCAUCAACGGUGCCAUCUUCAUCUUCAACCCUCGUACUGGACAACUUUUCUUGAAGAUCAUCCACACAAGCGUCUGGGCCGGACAGAAGCGUCUGGGUCAGUUGGCCAAGUGGAAGACUGCGGAGGAAGUCGCGGCACUUAUCCGUUCCCUGCCAGUUGAAGAACAACCGAAGCAGCUUAUUGUCACUCGAAAGGGUCUCCUUGAUCCCCUCGAAGUCCAUCUCCUCGAUUUCCCCAACAUUUCUAUUCGCGCGUCCGAGCUUCAACUUCCUUUCCAGGCUGCUAUGAAGGUCGAGAAGCUUGCGGAUAUGAUUCUGCGGGCAACUGAGCCCCAGAUGGUUCUUUUCAACCUCUACGAUGAAUGGCUGAAGUCGAUAUCGCCUUACACAGCCUUCUCUCGAUUGAUCCUUAUCCUUCGAGCUCUUCAUGUUAACAUUGACAAGGCCAAGAUCAUUCUCCGACCCGACAAGAGUGUGAUUACCCAAGAGCAUCAUAUCUGGCCCUCUCUGUCUGAUGAGGACUGGAUCAAGGUUGAAGUGCAACUGCGUGAUCUGAUUCUGAACGACUAUGGCAAGAAGAACAAUGUCAACGUCCAGAGUUUGACCAGCAGUGAAGUUCGUGACAUCAUUCUGGGUAUGGAGAUCAGUGCACCUUCGUUGCAGCGACAGCAGGCGGCCGAGAUUGAGAAACAACAGGAGGAGCAGAAGCAACUCACAGCUGUUACCACAAAGACACAGAAUGUCCGUGGUGAGGACAUCAUUGUCACAACCACGUCUCAGUAUGAACAGCAGUCGUUUGCAUCCAAGACCGAAUGGCGGACUCGGGCCAUCGCGACAUCCAACCUCCGCACGAGAGCGAACAACAUCUACGUCUCCUCGGACGAUAUCCAGGAAGAGGGUUACACUUACAUCAUGCCCAAGAACGUUCUCCGACGAUUCAUCACAAUCGCCGAUCUCCGUGUGCAGGUGGCUGGGUACCUCUACGGUAGCUCACCCCCUGACAAUGAGCAGGUGAAGGAGGUCCGCACUAUCGUCAUGAUUCCUCAAGUUGGAAACACUCGUGAUGUGCAGUUGCCACACCAGUUGCCUCAGCAUGAGUACCUAAACUCCCUGGAGCCUCUUGGAGUGAUCCACACCAUCUCCGGAAACGAGCCCCCGUACAUGACUCCUAUGGAUGUAACGCAGCACGCCCGCUUGAUGAACGCGCACCCCACAUGGGACAAGAAGACGGUUACCAUGACUGUUUCCUUUACUCCGGGAUCUGUCUCCCUCGCUGCUUGGGGUCUCACACCUCAGGGAUACAAGUGGGGAGCUGAGAACAGAGACACUGCCUCUGAUCAGCCGCAAGGAUUUUCCACUAGCAUGGGUGAGAAGUGUCAACUGCUACUCAGUGACAAGAUCCGCGGAUACUUCUUGGUCCCCGAAGAUAAUGUUUGGAACUAUAGCUUUAUGGGAAGCUCAUUUGGCGGUGUCGAUAAGCGACCGGUCUACGUCAAGAUCGAUACACCUUUGAGAUUCUACGAUGACCAGCAUCGUCCUUUGCACUUCCAGAACUUUGCCGAAUUGGAGGAUAUUUGGGUCGACCGAUCGGAUAACUUUGCAUAGACGACGAAUAGUUAAGGGCGUUGAAAGAGUUUUUUUCCUUUCUAUUUUUUCUUUACCUUUUGCGAUUAUGACUACACCAUACCUUUAUGGCGCUGUAUUUUGAGUUUUUUUUUCAUG